AUGUCCAACUGGAACUUCUUCACGGACUAUGGGAGCUGGUUCGGGAGCCCCAGCUCCAUGUCAACAAACGUGGAGGGGAAUAGCUCCUCGAAUAUUUCUGCUAAUAUAACAACUGCAGCUGCAGCUGCAACGAGUACUAAGAGCUCAUCGGCUGUAUUUAGUAGCAAUAAUAAUAGGAAUGAUGGAAAGAUGAGAGAAAAUAUCCCAGAUGAAAAAGAUCAAUACAGGUUUAAAUAUGAAGGAAAAUUGCAUUUUACAGAAAAAAUUAAAAAUAGUUCGGAUACGAAAAAUCGUAGUAGCAGUAGUGGAAGUAAGGAACAUAGUGAUAGUAAAGGUAGUAGUAAAUGGAGGAUUGGUAAAAAACAUAAGGAAAAAAAAAAUAAUAAUAAUUAUAGUAAUGAUAAAAGUAAUGAUAAAAGUAGUGGUAACAGUAAUGAUAAAAGUAGUGGUAACAGUAAUGAUAAAAGUAGUGGUAACAGUAAUGAUAAAAGGAAUGGCAAAAAUAGUGGUAAUAACAAUGGAAAUAGUAGUAACAAAGAAAGUGGAUUCUUUAGUCAGUUGGGGAUCUCCAAUUUUCUGCCCCAUCUUGAUAAUUCAAAUAUAUGUAAUGAGUAUAAAACAGGAUAUCAUUUGGAUGAAGAAGUUAAAAAGGUAUUUCCGAAUGGAAGAGCUUCCAAAAAGGGUAGUAAAAUGAAAAUUGGGUUAGAAGCAAAUAUGAACACAUCUACUGCAUUCACUUCAUCAGUGGAUGUACCAAACAUAUGUGUGGAUACUACAUAUUAUGACAUUUUGGAGGUUAAACCCAAUGCUACAGCUAGCGAAAUAAAGUCAAAAUAUUAUAAGCUAGCUUUAAAAUAUCAUCCAGAUAAAAAUGCGGAUGAUCCUGAAGCCAAAAUAAAAUUUCAGAAAAUUAAUGAAGCAUAUCAAGUAUUAAGUGAUGAUGAAAAAAGAAUGGAAUAUAAUAAAUAUGGUCUGAAUGCAACUAAAGAUAUGGUUAUUAUAGAUCCAGCUCUUCUCUUUAUGAUGCUAUAUAGUUCAGAAGAAUUAGCUGAUUAUAUUGGUACUUUAAGAGUAGCUUACUUUAUAAAAUUAGCAUUUUCUGGUAAUAUGUCCAUUGAAGAUAUGAAAUUAAGGGAUGAUAAUUUUAUUAGUGAAAUGGAAAUAGAACAAAAGAAAAGAGAAGUUGAAUUAGCUCUUAUACUUAGAGAUAAAUUACAACCAUAUGUAGAUGAUGAUACGAAAUGGAAUGAUAAAAUGGAAAAUGAAAUUACAUGUUUACUUGAAUCUUCCUUUUCUAGUUCUAUUCUUGAAUCUAUUGGAUGGACUUAUAGAAACAUAUCUGCAUCAUUUAUAGCUGAAGUGACAACCUUAUGGGGAGUAGGAGCAGCUGUACCAAACAUACAAGCAUCUAAGCGGACUGUCCAGAAUAGCUUUGGAGUGGCAUCCUCAAUCAUUAGUACGUUUUUUACCAUGCAGAAGAUGGCAGCAUAUAACGAUUACUACAACACAUUGGAACAAAAAAAGGAGGCACUCACUGCUAAUAAGGAAGCGCAUAGUGGUGGUAGUGGUAAUGGUAGUGGUAGUGGUAAUGGUAGUGGUAGUGGUAAUGGUAGUGGUAGUGGUAAUGGUAGUGGUAGUGGUAGUGGUAGUGGCAGUGGAAGUAAAGAGGGGGAAGAUUGUAAUAGGGGAGAGGGAAAUACACCCAAUAAUGAUGCUACAAAGGAAAGUACUACCGCAUCCUCAUCUGUUGGUACAUCUAGUAAGCAGGAUGUGAAUUCUAGUAUGCACAAAAAUGAUAAACAUGGAAAAAGUGGUAGUAGUAGUAGUAGUACCAAUGAUAAGAAUGAAAGUAUGAACAGCACUUCCAGAGGGAAGCAUAGCAAUAGUAAAAGUAAUAAACUUUUUGAAAAAGAGGCGUUAAUUGAAAAAAAAAAUAAUGAAGCCUUCGGAACUAUUAUAAGAAAUGUACUGAAGGUAGUUCUAUGGGAUAUCGAAACAACAGUCAGACAAGUAGCUGAAAAAGUUUUGCGGGAUGAAGGUGUAGAUAUCAAUAUUCGAUUAAAGAGAGCUAGAGGGUUAAAAGUUUUAGGGAAAAUUAUGUUAAGAUUAUCCAAGACGAAAAAGGAUAUGUGUGAAUCGAAAGAUUUUGAUGUUAAUAAACUUUUUGAAAGUGUUCUUAUGAAGGCAGUAGAACAGGCAUUUGCGGAAGAGGAGUCUGAGAAGGGAGCAGAAAAGGGUGUAGAAAAAGAAGACAUGUAUAAAAGAGAAUUUAUAUAA